CUAAUAUCUUGGAAUUACCGUCAAGGCAGCGACCUACGAUGUACGCCACGAGUCAUCAGGAACAGGAUAUGAAGCCCGGCAUUGACCGGGACAGUGCCGGCCAUAGCAAUGUGAAUUCUCAUGAAUCUCGGGACAAGAGUGAUAUUGGUAAUAGCAACAAUAAUAGAAAUAUUAAUAGUGAUAGCAAUAACGACAACAACAAUAGCAUUGGCAAUAGUAAUAACAACAGCAACAAUACCAACGGUCAUAGUAGUCAUACUGCUAGUACUACCACCAAUAGCAACGACACUAAUAGUAAAAUUAUUCAUGCUGGUAAUAGUCUUAAUACUACCAACUCCAAUAACAGCGAUACUUCUGGCAACACCCAUUCGGACUCACUUGCCUAUGCAGCUGUAGAUUUCAAGUCUGACUCCAUCAAUAGUAACAGUGGCACCACAAACAGCACGAACUACAAUCACAGUAAUCCACAAUCUCAUUCUCAUUCCAACACUAAUAACAAUAGCACUAAUAAUAAUCACCAUUCUACCACUCUUUCUACGACUGCGCUGUCAUCGCCUGAGCCAUCAGGAUCGUCUUCGUCGAAGAAACGUAAAAAGAAAGUAGAAAUUGCCUGCGUCUAUUGUCGUAGGUCUCAUAUGAUCUGUGACGAUUCUAGGCCCUGUCAACGUUGUAUCAAAAGAGGCAUUGGUCAUUUGUGUUACGACGAGCCUUCCAAUUCUCGUCAACGUAAAAAGGCAGCUGCUCUCCGUAAAUCCACUAGUGAUAGCUCCGCUCCGAUAUCGUUAUCGACAGAAAGAACUUCUUUUCCCAACGUAUCGUCGUCUCUGCCGAUUAUACCUGUUCCCCUUCAUAAACCGCACACGUCUCUCUCCAACUCAGUCUUGUCACAAACAUUACCGUAUAACCAGGAGCCUUUCUUCUAUUCUGAGCACGCUGGAAGUGAGUUCAGUUCUCUUAACGAUUUCCUUCUGAUGAUUGACGAUCCCGAGCUUGUGAAUGGAGCUCUCAAUGACGAUCCUACUGCUGGAGACCCCAUGCUAGCAUUCCAGACUGCUGGCAAUUUCGACUCUACUGGCGCUAACACUGCUGCUGGUGGAGCCACAGUCACAGCCAGCAACUCAGCAACUAACCUCAACAAUAUCCUCUCCUUUUCACCAAACCCAUCUUUGUUCCAAAGCACAUUUCAGAAUGACACCCACCAACUCAACCAACAACAACAACAGCAGCAGCAGCAGCAGCAGCAACAACAACAACAACAGCAGCAGCAACUAAAUCAGCAGCUACAAGAGCAGCAACAACAGCACCAAUUCAAUAGCAGCAGUAGUAACCAUAAUACUAAUGGAAACCAGCUGGAGCACCAACCUGUGAUAUCAGAUUCUGCUAGAGACAAGUUCUUCUUGACAGCAGCUGAUCCAACUACAGAAAUCUCGCCAGAAGAAAGAUUAAAACAGGUUAUUAAAGCAAAGUUGGAAGCUGGUUUGCUACAGCCCUACAACUAUGCAAAGGGUUAUGCUCGAUUACAGAGUUAUAUGGACAACUACAUGAACAUCUCGAGCAGGCAAAGGAUCUUAAAGCCGUUGUCUAUUUUCCGUCCAGCUUUCAGGGCCAUUGCCAGAACUUUGAAGGAUGUAGAUUUGGUACUUGUAGAAGAGAACUUUGAGCGCAUGUUGUUAGACUACGAUCGUGUUUUCACAUCCAUGGCUAUACCAGCAUGUCUCUGGAGACGUACAGGAGAAAUAUAUCGUGGAAACAAAGAGUUUGCCUCGUUGGUUGGCGUUAUGACGGACGAUCUCAAAGACGGCAAGCUCGCAAUCUACGAGUUGAUGAGUGAAGAAAGUGCCGUCAACUUCUGGGAGAAGUAUGGUGCUAUUGCCUUUGAUAAGGGCCAGAAGGCAGUAUUGACGAGUUGUAAUUUGAGAACAAGAGACGGGAUCAAAAGGAAAAGUUGUUGUUUUAGCUUCACCAUCAGACGUGAUCGCUACAACAUUCCCAGUUGCAUAGUAGGAAACUUCAUUCCUAUUGACCCUUAAUUGAACAAAUUUUAUUCCUUGUAUUAUUUUCAUUAUCGUUUUGACUAUCAAUAUCAUUACGGUGUUGAUUUUCGUCAUCAUAUCAGUAUUGUUUUCCUAUUUGUCGUGUCUAUUGUUAGAUUUAUGUCUUUCAAAUGACGUUGAUAGCAUAUUUAUUAUAAUUUAUUCUUCUUC